AAACAAAUAAUAAAACCUUCAUUAUGAUAUAAAAAUCCAACCGUGUUUUUCGUGAUCCGCACAAACUGUUCCUUCAUAAUUUCAUUCCAAACUUCGAUCCCAUCGAGAUCAGAAAAUGAUGAAACAAGGAGUAACAACAAUAACAACAGACCAAACCAAACUCCUUCCAAAAAGAAUAAUCCUGGUCCGCCAUGGGGAAAGUGAAGGUAACAUCGAUGGUUCUGCUUAUUCCACCACCCCCGACUACAAGAUCCCACUUACCCCUCAAGGAAUCGCCCAAGCCAACCAAGCUGGAACCCAGAUCAGAACUGUUAUCUCCAGCUCAGGUGCCACCCCGAAUUGGAAAGUCUUCUUUUAUGUAUCGCCUUACGAACGAUCGCGGUCCAGUCUUAUGGGAAUCGUAAGAUCGUUCCCGAAGAACACCGUGAUCGGGGUUAGAGAGGAAUGUAGGAUCAGGGAACAGGAUUUUGGGAAUUUUCAGGUUGCUGAAAGGAUGAAGAUUGUUAAGGAGACUAGAGAGAGGUUUGGUAGGUUUUUCUACCGGUUUCCUGAGGGUGAAUCGGCUGCAGAUGUCUACGAUCGUGUUUCGAGUUUUCUUGAAUCAUUAUGGCGCGAUAUAGACAUGAACAGGCUUAACCAUGAUCCAGCUGAUGAUCUAAAUCUUAUAAUAGUGUCACAUGGGUUAGCUUCACGUGUAUUUCUAAUGAAAUGGUUCAAAUGGACUGUUGAACAGUUUGAGCGUUUGAACAAUUUCGACAACUGCGAGUUUCGAGUUCUACAACUAGGAGAUGGCGGCGAAUAUAGUUUGGCUGUUUAUCAUUCCGAAGAAGAGAUGCAAGAAUGGGGAUUGUCUCCGGAGAUGAUCGCUGAUCAAAAGUGGCGAGCCCGAGCCACUAGAGGGGAUUGGAAUGAGAAAUGUCCGUGGUACCUUAACGUCUUCUUUGAUGAUCUAGGAAUAGAUUCGGAUGAUGGUGAGAAUCAACACAACUCCUCAUAAAUUUUCUUAAAUUGUAUUAAGUUAAAUGCAUUAAAAGAAAAUUAUAAAACAAUGUCACUUCUUUUUAAUAGUAUUGUUAUGUUUUAGUUUAACA